AUCCCAGCCUAGCAGACGUGCUGUCUUCUCUCACCAGCAACUAAGACACAAUGAUGCAAUUAAGGACUUUAAUUUUCACAUCUGUUAUACUCCCGUGGCUACUGUCUUCUGCAGCAAAAGAUGAAUACAUGGAAAGAGGCAUUCUAAACUCUACAGGCAAUGACAUCCUUCAUAACUCAAAUGCUGACCAAGCAGCAGCUCCAAAAGUCGAUGAGCUGCCGACAUGUCUGCUGUGUGUUUGCCUGAGUGGAUCGGUUUACUGUGAGGAGGUGUCCCCUGAAAUGUCAACCGUCCCAGCACUGCCGAAGGAAACCGCAUAUCUUUACGCACGUUUCAACAAAAUCACAAAAAUAAGCAAUCAAGACUUUGCAGACAUGGCCACACUGAAAAGAAUUGACCUAACUGGGAAUCUCAUUGCUCAGAUAGACGACGGUGCUUUUUCAAAACUUUCCAACCUUGAGGAGCUCACUCUUGCAGAAAACAAACUGACUAAACUUCCCACGCUGCCCACCAAGCUAGUGUCAUUCAACGCCAAUUUCAACAGGCUUACAACCCAGGGUGUAAAGGCAACUGCUUUUAAAAGACUCACAAGACUGGCAUAUCUUUACCUUGGAAACAAUGAACUGACUGCAGUGCCCCAACUUCCAGAGUCCCUUCAUGUUGUGCACCUGCAUAACAACAAGAUCUUGACGAUUACAGAUGAGACGUUCUGCAAAGGUAACACCAGUCACUACAUACGGACCAACAUGAACGAGGUGAGACUGGAUGGGAACCCCAUCAUGCUGUCAAAGCACCCUGACAGCUUCAUCUGUCUGCAGUCUCUCCCUAUUGGAUGGUACAACUGAAAACAGAGGUUAUGUUUCAGCGGGAAGUUCUGUGUAAAAUGAGAGAUGCAGAUACACAGAUAAUUAAAAUACUGUUUGCAAAAUACAGUUACAUUUUAUAUACCCAAGUCUACUGUAUAGUCCAAGUUUUUUUUAAUCAGACAGAAAUCAUAUAAUUACAGAACAGCAGGAUUUAAACAAGAGGAAGAAAGAGGUUUUUUUGUUUCUUAUCAAAUGCUGUCUGCCAGCAUUAAACACAUCUGUCUGUCUCUAAAUACAGAGACUCUUUUAGUAUUUUUCUUCUGUUACAAUUUGGCUGAGACUGGUUUGUCUUGGCAGGUGUUAUGCAAUGUUUUAGACAUAACACAUCAACACAGACUUGUUGUCAAAUCAAUUUGAGACCACAAUUGGGAUUAUUUCAUCACAUAACGCCAAUGGUAUUAUUACUGCUAAUGUUACUUUAACUGAUGAUCAUAUUAUCAAUAAAACCUGCAUGUUGGAAGUGA